GAGUACAUGUACUUCUUUACACAGCUGAAUCAUGAGGGUGGGUCGCGCACAGUUCGCAAAGCCGGAGACGGUUCCUGGAAGCCCACCGACGGACGUAAACCUGUUAAGCAACAAGGUAAAGAAAUUGGUUCGAAGAUGAAUUUGAAAUUCUACAAGGGCAGCGGGCCCAAUGCAGAGAAAACCGAUUGGCUGAUGAUAGAGUAUAGGCUUAAUAAGGAUGAUCUGCUCACCAUGAAAACUACGACUAAGGCUGAUCGUGAGAAUGUGGAGGGGAAGGAUGAUCACAGGAACAGGGAUGUAGGUUUAGAUGGGGGCGACUACGGAGUAGGUCCCGAGGUCAUGGCAGUAGGAUCGGAGGAGGGAUACUACAAGGAAGAGCCGCACCAAGAGACGAUGGAAUACUAUAGACUCAAUUAGUAGUUGUAGUAUUUCUUUUCUAGUUUAUCUUGGCACAUUUGAAACUUAUGAAUCUUGUAUUUAAGGUCUCCAAUUGUGUGGACUAGAUAUUUGGUUACAUGAUAUUAUCUAUGCUUGAUUAACGCUAUCACACUCUGAUUUUGAAAUGUUGUCAAUUAUCUGAUUAAUUAAUACUCGGGUU